AAGGAACGGCGAGUGGUUUGCCCUUCUUAUCGUUUAUUUUUGCUACUGUACAUCUUGCCCGGCCUUAUGUUCCCUACAGAUAUAUGGCCAAAUCAGCAAUGAGUUUGGCGCUAUCCUUAGGACCUUCAAUUUUGCGUGCGUCGUAUUCUCCGUUACGAUCUUGUGGGAAAAUUGCAUCUGGCUGUGCUAGACCGGAAGAAACAAACUGUUGGAACUGUCGAGAUGCCGUGAACUGCACUGAAAAGUUCUUCUGUGAUCACUGUCAUUCCAUUCAACCCCCUCCUCCUAGUCAGAAUAUGUUCGAGUAUCUCGGAUUUCCGGUAUCGUUUGAAAUAGAGGAUUCUGAGCUGAAGAAAAGGUUUCGAGAACUGCAGGCUACCGUUCAUCCUGACAAAUUCACUCAGGCCUCUAAGCAUGAAAGGGAGAUCUCAGAUGAGCAUUCAAGAAAGCUGAACGAGUCGUACAAGACAUUGUCGGAACCGUUUCUUCGUGCAAAAUACUUGCUGAAGAUUUUGGGGGAAAAGGAAACAAAAGGAAAAGACUUAGAUCCCGCUUCGCUAAUGGAAAUGAUGGAAUGGAAUGAAAAAGUUUCUGAGAUGACGAGCGAGGGCGAACUCUCUGCUGAGAAGGAAACCGUUCAAAAGGAGAUCGACAGUAUUAUGAAGGAGCUGGGGAAACAAUUCGCUAAUAAGAGCUUAAAUGGACUGCUAUUAAUAAAAAGCUAG